AUGGCGACCUUUGUCCCGCGAAGGGUGUAUCCCCACCUCGACUCCAUUCCUCGAUCCUAUUACCUCGGCCACCACGCCGCUGGCCUCACUAAGAUGAAGAGCCUGAUCAACCAAAUCGACCUCGUCAUUGAAUGCCGCGACUAUCGCACGCCCCUCGUAUCCCGGAAUCCUUUAUUUGAGGAGACCUUGGGCGAGCGACCCCGGCUUAUAGUCUACACAAAGCAAGAUCUGGGGAGCACGUACACCGCCUUAGAUCAGGCAAAAGAAGAGAUCAUUCGACAAUGGGACCGGCCUUCCUCAGCGCUAUUUGCCGAUGUGAAGGAUCGCAAUGCUGUGAGACAAGUUUUACGGUUUGCGAAGGAUCAUGCUGCUUCGUCGAAUCAUCUCGUUGGAUCGAGGAUGAUGGUGGUCGGGAUGCCGAAUGUGGGGAAGUCGUCCUUGCUCAAUGCUCUGCGCAAUGUGGGCUUGGGGCUCAAGAAGGCGGCGAGAACGGGAGAUCAGCCUGGGAUUACAAGGAAGAUUGCUUCAGGGGUCAAGAUCGUGGAGAAGGACAAGGAGAGUGAGGGCGUGUAUCUUUUGGACACGCCAGGUGUUUUUGUGCCAUACGUACCAGACGCGGAGAGCAUGCUGAAAUUAGCACUCUGUGGCAAUGUCAAAGACACCGUUGUACCGCCUACCACUAUUGCUGACUAUCUCCUCUUUCACCUCAACUUGCGAGAUCCCAGUUUCUAUAGCAUGUUUUCUGAGCCGUCGAAUGACGUACAUCAAGUCUUGGACAGAUUGGCAAGGAAACAAGGUCGUCUGAAGAAGGGCGGUUUCCCAGAUAUGGAGGCUGCGGCACUUCAAUUUAUUCAGAGAUGGCGUGCAGGAGGCAUGGGAAGAUUUAUUCUGGAUGAGGUGGCAGAAGAUGCAUUAGACAGGCGGAAAGAUACACUCGAAGGUUUCGGCAGAAGCAUGCAUCAAGCGAGAAAGGCGUCCAAAGAAGCCCGGAGGCAUGCUGCUCUAGAAGCUAACUGA